CCAGCCCUCCUCCGUCCCGCCCUCAGCCCGGAUCCGCUCCGGAUCAUCCGUCUCUGCACCGGGACACACACAAGAAAGAAGCUGCGAGGGGAAAACACAACCAGCGACCCAGCCGGAGAAAGCAAACACCCAUAAGAGGAAAAGAUCCGCGGCGUGAAACCGAGACGCGUCCUGCUGAUCCAGCAGCACCAAGCGGCUGUCCUUCAGUACAGAAACCCGGUGGUCCUGAGGAGGUCCCAUCUGGAUGAAGAAGAGGAGGAGGAGGAGGGGGAGAAGAAUCCUGCAGGAUUGUGAGAAGUAAAAUGAUCUGAGUCUUCUCAGGAGGAAGCAUGAAGUUUGCGGUUGCGGCGGUGUGGUGGUGCCUGGCUCUUGGGAAGGCUGCGACGCAAGCGCCCCAGGAGGACUUUGUGUCUCUGGCUGAGAUGGAGGACUCCCUGCUCAGGAACCUUUUCAGGGGUUACCAGAAGUGGGUGCGUCCAGUACAACACGCCAACGACACCAUCACCGUGCGCUUCGGACUGAAGAUCUCCCAGCUGGUGGACGUGGAUGAAAAGAACCAGCUCAUGACUACAAACGUGUGGCUCUGGCAGGAAUGGGUUGAUGUGAAGCUAAAGUGGGAUCCAGGUGACUAUGGAGGGAUCACAUCCAUCAGAGUUCCUUCAGAGACGAUCUGGCUGCCUGACAUCGUUCUGUAUGAAAAUGCUGAUGGUCGCUUUGAGGGCUCUUUGAUGACCAAAGCUAUUGUGCGCUGGGAUGGAACCAUAACCUGGACUCCACCUGCCAGCUACAAGUCCUCCUGUACCAUGGACGUCACUUUCUUCCCCUUCGACCGGCAGAACUGCUCCAUGAAAUUCGGGUCCUGGACCUAUGAUGGAAACAUGGUGGACCUGGUCCUGGUGGAUCACUAUGUGGACCGAAAAGACUUCUUUGACAAUGGCGAAUGGGAAAUUCUGAAUGCGACCGGAGUGAAGGGCAGCAGGAGGGACGGCGUGUACUGGUACCCGUUUAUCACCUACUCCUUCAUCCUGAAGAGGCUGCCGUUGUUCUACACCCUCUUCCUCAUCAUCCCCUGCCUCGGACUGUCCUUUCUCACCGUGCUGGUCUUCUAUCUGCCAUCGGAUGAAGGGGAGAAACUGUCACUCUCCACAUCUGUGCUGGUGUCACUCACCGUGUUUCUGUUGGUCAUAGAAGAAAUCAUCCCUUCUUCUUCAAAGGUGAUUCCACUAAUUGGAGAGUACCUGCUGUUCAUCAUGAUCUUUGUCACCUUCUCCAUCAUCGUCACCGUCUUCGUGAUCAAUGUCCACCACCGCUCGUCUGCCACGUAUCACCCCAUGGCCCCCUGGGUAAAGAGCCUGUUCCUGCAGAGACUGCCCAGACUGCUGUGUAUGAGAGGACACACCGACAGAUAUCACUACCCAGACUUUGAGAUGCGCAGCCCGGAGCUGAAGGCCCGCCGAGGUCUGGGGAGGAGGGGCGUUCCCGGGCACAGUGGCCAGCAGAGGGCGCCGCUCGGCGGGAAAGAGGACGAGAACCAGGCGUGGCUGGCGAUGCUAGAGAAGGCCACGAAUUCCGUCCGCUACAUCAGCCGUCACAUCAAGAAGGAGCACUUCAUACGAGAGGUCGUACAAGACUGGAAAUUUGUUGCUCAGGUGUUGGACCGGAUCUUCCUGUGGGCUUUCCUCACUGUCUCCAUUCUGGGAACUGUUCUCAUCUUCACCCCUGCUCUGCAGAUGUACCUCAGCACACCUUCAUGAACACACAUGCACACACACACUUUCUUUUUUCCCCAGGUUUCUUUGAUUAUUUAUUGAUAAA